AUGGAGGACUCCCAGAAGAGGCCUAAGGGUACUGGCUCGGUUCCGCAGCUCGCACAAGUUCAUGACACCUUGACCGUUCCGCAGAACGACCCCGACGGGGUGGACACCAAGGAACUGACGCUGCAAAACACUCUACAAAAUGCCGGUCGCCGUCGCUCUACCUCGAACACGCGCCCAGGAUCAUCGUCUCGGCGACAAUCACUGGCGCACAUCCACGGUCAACCGGAAGAGAACUCGCCGCGCCUGAAAUGGGAUGAGGUCAACUUGUACCUGACCGAACAGGAAAAGACGGCCAAGAUGAAGAUCGACGAGCCCAAAACACCGUUUGCGCCCCACUACGACCCUGCUGAGGACGAGGAGGAGCUCGAGGCCGAGAACACCUUGAUCGAUGCGCAAGGGGUGGUGGUAGAUGAACUGGACAAGACCGUGAAAGCACCCAACAAAGGAGUGGCCGAGGAUGAGAUCCCUGAUCUGGAGUUGGGCGAGCCGGAAGACUCAUUUUCUGAAGAUGCGCACGUGGGGGCCAAUGAUCGAAUUGUGCGCGAGCGGAGUCUCAGCAACGAGUCGCACCGAAGCAACAAGCAUGUGGUGAUGGGUGCGGGCGAGGCGAACGGAGAAUCGCAGUCCGGGCCCGAUGGGUUGAUCACGUCGCAAGAGGCCGCGGAGAAACAUCGUCAGUUCGAGCAGCACCGGAAGAAGCACUAUGAGAUGCGCAAUAUCAAAGAACUCCUGGCCCAUCCCGAGGUGGAUGAAAUGGAUGAGGACGAGGACGAAGCGGAGGAGGGAUCUACAGCCGCCGCGGCGCCACCUCCCAUGCCCCAGAUCCCAACGCAGUUUCUUAACGGCACCAGAUCUGAUUAG